CGUGCGAGUGGCGCGCAAUGGGAAACUGGAGUCUGUGAAAGAAGAACCUGCUGCCUAUAAUAUCUUCGUUUAACAUUUAAACGUGUAUUAAAAUGUUUAACUCUGAACAAAACCAUUGGUUCGUUCGUAAGGUGAUAUUCUGGAGAGCUGCAGCCUCAGUUGCAUGGUCAGUCCUGCUGCUUCCAGUUACCACUGCACUAUUUGCAUUCCUCAGCAGAUUCAGUUUAUUUCACCCUAUCCAAUGGAUAUCAGAAUCCUUCAGCUUACUGUAUGGGUCGUAUGUGAUUUUCUCCCUCGUUCUUCUCUGUGGAGUUGUUCUGGUUGUUGGUGUCUUCAAUCUGGAAUAUUAUACAGUGGUGCCCUCUGUUCCCUGCACCAAGAUUGCACUCCUGGGAAAGGUGCUCCACCCCCAGCAGUCUGUCCACUCACUGGUGCACAGCAUGAUGGGAAUUAUGGUUACUUGGUGUGCUGCCACCAUGAUUGGUGGCAGAUACUGGAUCCUAGCUGCCCCAUGCAGUGAAGAGGAGGGUGUCACUGGUCAAAAGAUGUGUCUGAAUGAGUACUAUUUGUUCUUCUUGUUGGCUGGGGCCUUCAUGGGCUACAGCUACAGCCUCCUUGGAGUGGUCAGAAACAUGAACUAUGUGUCUUUUCAAACCAUACAGCAAUGUAAAUAUCUGCGCUUCAAGGGGAUGUUGCCACAGGUGGUGAGAUACAGUGCAGUUCAGUCGCUGUACUCGGUGCGGAACUACUGUCUUUUUUAUUUCUUUUUUGGAUACAUUCCCAGGGCAUGGAUCUGCACGACACUAAACGUUCAUGAAGACAGCUCCCUGCACCGACUAGACACGGUGAGCGGUCUGCUGGACUUCCGCUUACUUUACCACCUGUGGCUCAGUGGCACCUUUCUCCUGCUUACCUGGCACAUCACGUUGCUGCUCUUCAGGAUUUUCAUAACUGAGGCUUACAGCUUCCCCGUGCAGUCCUCAUUUUCUGAAGAUGUUAGUCAGUGCCUCCCAAAAGUCCUUAGUGAGAAACAACCACUGAUUCUAAAGUUCCUAGCUCUGCAAGAUCUCUUUUUGCUGUCCCAGCAGUCCCUGUCACGCAGAAUGGAAGUGUUCAGCCUCAGUCAGCCUGGAGGCCACCCUCACAACUGGAAUGCCAUAUGCAAGGAAUGCCUGUCUUUGCUAAGUGACCUGUCCCAGAGGCUGGUUGAGUACCAGGAAGUGGUAGCUUCCAAUGGGAGAGCCCGACCCCUGUCUUCCCACAGCGACCAGCGAUCCACUUCCUCUGAAACCUUGGUAACUUCUGGGACGGAGGAACAACUACAAACACCACAACAGAGUAUUGGGCUGAAGACCCCAUCCUCUGUGUUCCUGCGCUCCACGUCGUUGGGACUGCAUACCCCCAUGACUGCACCUUUCACCCCCCGCCAGGAGAGUCCAUUCUCUUCCUCAUCUGUAAAUCGUUUUGUGGGAAAUGUGGAUCCCUCGUCUCCCUGGUAUGGCUCGGUGCAGAGCCCACAUGUGAUGAGGAGGGGUCCUAAACUGUGGACGGCCUCCACAGGGUCCCCUCCUGGCAGCAGUCUUCCACCAUCCCCUACAACUAUACCAAGUCCAGUGCCUGCUGCCCAGAAACCGGGACUUUUCUCACUUUGGCUUCAGAAUCGGCAGGAGCAGGUCAAAAAUUUCUUGGCUAGGAGGGUGCUGAUAAUGUAUUUGUUUAAUAAGCUUCCAGAAGCCUCCAGCCAGGCCCUGUUUGCUGACAGCCAAGCUCACAUUUGGGCACUGGAAGGACUUUCAAAUCUGGUGGCUGCUUCAUAUAAAGAAGACAGAUUUGGAGUUGUGCAGACCAUGCUACCUAGCAUUCUUAGUACUAUGCUGUUACUCCAAGAGGCUGUUGACAAGCACUUUAAGCUGCCUCAUGCCUCCAGCAAACCAGUGAGGUCCACGUGCUGCCUGGAGGACUCCACCUUUAAGACACUGAGGUUCGCUCUCCGAGCUGCCUUAAAGACGGCCAUGUACAGGAUCACGGUCACCUUUGGCGAGCACUUACAUUCUGUACAGAUGUCAGCCGAGCACCGCAAGAGGCUCCAGCAGUUCAUGGAGUACAAAGAGUAACAGUGGACCCCAGCUAGUUUUGCACCCUUUACCCUUUGCUUCCUGACUACAUGUGGCUGCUUCUCCUGUGUGCAGUAGGAAUUCUCCUUGGGAAUGUCUUGCUAGAGGUUACCUGUUGUGUAACAGCAAAGGUGUCUUACAGAAGCAAUGGGUGAUCGAUCUGAUCUUGGGUCCUGGGAUUCUCCUAAGGUGCUCUUCACAAUAUAUGCCUUAACUGUGCUGUAAAGCAAGGCUCUUAAUUACAUACUGAAAUAAAACCACCUGUGCACAGAUUUUAGUCCUUGGACACGAAAAGAUUUUUUUUUAUUGGAAGUAACUGACUUCAUAAUGGAGGUUUGGUGGUAAUUUCCAUUGCAUUGAAAGUUUCCAUAUGCAUAAGCCUUGGAAAUAUCACAUUUUUGUUCCAAGGAUGUCUGAUGCUAAAUAUCCCAUGUUUUAUAUAAUGAAUAAAACUGUAGGUGGAGCUCUUCAAGUGUUAUGCAAGAUAAAUGUUUUUAAGUGUUAGGUACAGCCUAAUGGACAUUUCUUUAAAAUACAUUUUGCAGGCUAAAACUGUCUAAGAAAUUUAUUAUAUUGUGGACCUUUUGUUUACACUUGAACAGUAUAAGUGACCACACUUAACAUGUGGAAGUGUGACAUCUUUUUGGAGCAUUUUUGUGAUACUGCAUAUAUUGGAUUUUUGAGUUUCACUUACCUUGUUUAGUAAGAAAACAGCAACUUGAAAUGCGUAUUGUUUGUAUCUGAACAAAUUAAAAGUUGCCUUUGAGAGGUUUUUUUCCUCCUGUAUGUGAGAAUGGUUGUUGUUAAAGUAUGCAUUGGGAUACACACAUUUGGUUUAUUUCAGUGCAUAUUUACCAUAGGACUUAUUCCCGACAUUUAAGGGGAAUCAUUUCUGCCAUCAGAGAACAUUAACGGGUCUAGGGCUUUUUUGGAGUCUUCCCUGGAAAUUUCAUGGGUUGCUUAUCUUUUUUCUCACAGUUAACAUGUCUGUCAGUAAAGGCUGUUGUAUUGUGUUCAGUUGGAUUGCAUGGUCUUUUUGAAAAUGUUUUUCUAACAGAGUUCUUGUAAAAUAUAGGAGGAAUGGAUUUUAACAUGUUAUAAAUAUUCACAAGGUGUUGAACAUGCAAAUGGAGUAAUAUCUCUUGCGUUCCUUCUGUGAUAAAUUCAUGAUCUGAAGAGUACUUUUCCUCAUUGUGGUAGCUUACACCUCCAUAAAGAGGCCUGAAUGUAGGUGCCUUUAACUGAAACCAAGGAUUAGUCAUUGAUGAAGUACAGUGUAUGUUUGUUUAAUUAAACUGUGUUUUUCUUACCAUCGUUCAACCUUACACAUUGUCGAAUGAGUCAGUCCAUUUGUCUGUAUUAAUUAUUUUACAAGUUGUUUAAUUUUCGGCUGCACCUACAAGGAAUUCUAACCCGCUCACUACCUCCGUGUUCACGAAGGGAUGCGGGGGAUUUUUGCGGGACAGCAGGGGGCGCUGUAGAUACACACAACUGUGAGGGUGAAACGUGAAAAGCUGAGCUCGUUCUGUCAUCCUUUCAUGUAUGAACAGCCAACGAGCCACGUGAUAAUGUACGCACACGAAAACCUUUAAAGUGCAAAAAAACAAAAAUUCAAUAAACAUUUGUCUCAAAAGGUCCUCUGAUCCAUAUGUGGUGACAAGUAUUUGAUAA